CGUCGCAGCGACUUCCUCCAGAAGACCGGCAGCAACUCCUUCACCGUUCACCCCCGGGGUCUGCAUCGCAGUGCGGACGCCCACCUGCUCUCCAACGGGCCCUUGGUCCCGGAGUCCCGGGCCGGCCCUGCCAACCGCCUCUCGGGCUCCCCGCCUGGGUCGGGACAGUGGAAGCCAAAGGUGGAGUCGGGGGAUCCCUCCCUCCACCCGCCCCCCAGCCCCGGGACCCCGAGUGCCACUCCAGCCUCGCCCCCUGCCAGUGCCACUCCUAGCCAGCGCCAGUGCGUCUCCGCAGCCACCAGCGCCAACGACUCCUUCGAGAUUCGGCCGGCCCCCAAGCCAGAUAUAGAGACCAUCCCCUCGGGGGACCUCCAGGCCCGGGCGCUGGCCAGCCUCCGCGCAAACUCGCGAAAUUCCUUCAUGUUCAUUCCCAAGAGCAAGGCCUCCGGGGCCCCUCCUCCUGAGGGGGCGCAGUCCGUGGAGCUGCCAAAGGGAGACGUGGGCCCGGCAUCCCCGAGCCAGGAGCUCGGAUCCCAGCCGGUGCCUGGAGGGGAUGGUGCGCCUGCCCAAGGGAAGAGCCCCGUGGAGGUCGAGGCACAGUGGGCAGUCGAGGAGGGGGCCUGUCCCAGGACAGCCACCGCCCUCACUGACCGGGCCAUCAGGUGGCAGAGGCCGUCCUCACCACCCCCCUUCCUGCCGGCUGCUGCAGAAGAAGCUGAGCCUGCUGAGGGCCUCAGGGUUCCUGGCUUGGACAAGAGUAGCCGGGAAUACGGGAAGCCAGGGCUGCCUGUCACCUUCAUCGAUGAGGUAGACUGGGAGGAGGAGGCCCCCCAAGAAGCCAAACUACCCUGCUCCCUGCGUCCUGCCAGGCCCGGGUGCGUGGCAGAGCUUCAGCCCCGGGGCAGCAACACCUUCACAGUGGUGCCCAAGAGGAAGCCAGGGGCCCUGCAGGGCCAGAACUUCAGUCAGGCCAACGGGGAGCCCCGGCCACAGGAGGCCGAGGAGGAGAAGGCUGGUUGCCUCCUGGGGCCCACGCUGAAGAAGCGCUACCCCACCGUGCACGAGAUCGAAGUGAUUGGCGGCUACCUGGCCCUGCAGAAGUCCUGCCUCACCAAGGCUGGCUCCUCAAGAAAGAAGAUGAAGAUCUCCUUCAAUGACAGAAGCCUGCAGACCACGUUUGAGUACCCCUCCGAGAGCUCCCUAGCACAGGAGGAAGAGGUGGAGCAUGAGGAGGAGGAGGAGGAGGAGGAGGAGGAAGAGGAGGAAGAGGGUUCCGGCUCAGAGGAGAAGCCCUUUGCACUCUUCCUGCCCCGGGCCACGUUUGUGAGCAGCGUGAGACCCGAGAGCUCUCGGCUGCCAGAGGGCAGCUCAGGCCUGUCCAGCUACACCCCGAAGCACUCUGUGGCCUUCAGCAAGUGGCAGGAGCAGGCACUAGAGCAGGCCCCGAGGGAGGCAGAGCCCCCGCCCACAGAGGCCAUGCUCACACCUGCCAGUCAGAAUGACCUCUCGGACUUCCGCAGCGAGCCAGCCCUUUAUUUCUGAGCCCAGCACUGCCAGGACCAAGGCUGAGCCCCAGCUGUGGGAGUCCCGGAAGCUGGGCAGUAGCCAGGGACUACUGCACCCACUUCUACCUUGUCUGGUCUCACUGUAUUCCACCCACCCCUCCUGGCCUUGGAAGCAGCCAGGGUGCCUCCUGCCAUUGGGACCAGGUCUGGGUCUCACUCCCCGGCCCUGGUUUGGGAGGGCCCAGGUGGGGAGUGGGGUGGGGAACUGCCUGUGGGGUGAGGUCAGGGGUCUGCUGGGUGGUGGCCAUCUGCAACCCGGCAGGGGACUGUGCAGAUUCUACACCUGGCAGUUCCCUGUCCUGUCUCCUCAGCCUGCCUCCCAGCGGCCAUGGGGGGUCUGGGGUGAAGGGCUGUCCCAGCUACUUGUCCUCUGCAGGACCCUAAGCCCCUGCCCACAGCCCCCAUGCCCUCUGUGAUGAGUGGCAUCUUUCCUGCCUCUGACGAUGGACUCAAUAAACAGCACUGGACAAGGCU